GCUCAUCGGAAUGAGCGACUGUUUGGAACCGCAGCGCGCCCCCAGCACGCCAUUUGAAAAGGUACGUAUACACAUAUGUACAUUUCAUUCCGCAUGUACAUGUGGGUAUAUUGUUCACCGUUUUGGCAAACUUCCCGUGUAGAAGCUGGAAUAGCGGCGUGCGCGUGGUAAUUGCGGGAAAAAAGAGCAAAUUCAGUUGCAUUUACUUCUCUCCCUCCGGUUAGCUACCCCUUUUUGCAGUGUCGGCAGGGAAGUGAAGCGCGAAAUGGAUGCGAACGAACGUAUAUAUGUGCGUAUUCGUAUAUAUGUAUACAUGUGAGUGAAUGCCCAUCUGGCGCUGUGUAGCCAUCCCCAACAAACAUGACUUUUUAUGGAAAAUUACCUAACUGCUUUUUUUUUGUUGUUAAAAAGCGUUUUAUCCAAUUCGAAGCGUGUUAGAAAGCGCCCCCCCGGGAGGUACCUACUUCUUUUCGUUUGCCUCAACAUUUUAGUAGCAACAAAAUGGAAAACUGGGGGGAAGCGCCACUCUAAUUGGAACUUCGUCAGAAGGGCAACAGCCCCAAUGAGAACAAAAUUUGUGCUGAAGAGUGGCAGCAAAAGGGGGGUUGACGGCACAUCGUGGGUAAAAAAACAGAAUCCAAAGGACAGUGGCAAAAGGAAAAACAUUGUGUUAAUCAACAGGGGAGUCAACAGAGACGAAAACAGAAUAAGCUAUACAAGAAAUAAUUUACAAAGCAAUAGCAGCGUUCGAGAAAUAAAACACUUGAGUAACCUCCAAAGGAAUGUCAUCUAUCUGCUCGAAAGGAACAAUAACAUACUAGUACAUGCCAAAACGUCCAGCGGAAAAACAACCAUCUGCCUACUUUACCUCAUUUUGAAGUUUUACUAUAACGCAGAAUUUGUGUUUGAGGAAGAUAUCGAAAGGGAAAAGUACAUGAGCAGUGAUGAAUACCUAAGCAGCUACAGGGAAAUGCUUCUUCUAAAUCAGAAGAGGAACAAGGUGCACAGGAAUAAACUCAAGUACACCCCCUUUAGUGAAAAAUAUGCUCAGAUAUGUGACAUCCGGCAGGACAAAGACCUCCUGAUGGAGGGAAGGGCCAAAAAUGUUUUAAAAAAGGGGGAAAAAAUUCUUAUCCUAUGCCCUUCUAAGGAACUUUGCGUUCAGAUUUCGCAGAAUGUUCUGUCUCUGAUGAGUGGCAAGGACGCCGGGGCAAUUCGCCUCUUCAUCGAUAAGGAGGGAAUAGAUGAUAAGCGGUCUGAUUGUGUGCCCCCCCCGAGCUCAUCAAACUAUGUAGGAAUGAAAGCAAAUGAUGAAGCGGAAGGAAGAAGCGCAGACAUAGGGGGAGUUUCCACAUUGCCCAAACGUGGCACCACAAAUGACUCAUCCAGAGCUACCAAUUUAAGGGACCCCCUUUUCCUCAUAGGAACGCCCAUUUGUUUUAAAAACUUCCUUUUAAGCUUAUCAAAGGAGGACUUGAAAGCCUUUUUGCAAAGCAUAAAGUAUGUAUUCUUCGACGAAAUAGAUAGGAUGUUUCCUGCUAUCAAAACGAGAAAAUCACGCGGAACGAAAAACAGUACAAAGAAAAAGACGGCCUAUUUUAUCCUAGAAACGAUUAUGUAUAUGAAUAAGAAGAACCUCGUUUUUGUGGGCUGUUCUAGUACCCUUAAUAGGGAACUGCACAGGAGGAUAUUCAAACUUUUGAGCUUGAACAGGAAUAACGCCAAGAAGAAAAUUUACCUUCUGCGGGAGGGUAACAGCGCGUCGAAUGGAGGUACUCCUGGUGUGGGGGGGAACCCCGCAGGUGCCGUACAUACGGAUACUUCUCACCUGGGUGACUCCUUUGAUGAGCCUCCAGCAAGUGAUCCAGAUCAAGUGCUAGGGGAAAAAAGCGUGACCACUUCUUACCAAGAAAAGGGAGACACCCACAUGGGUGAUUACUCCGAGGAGGAUGAACGAGCGUACCUGUUCUCCCCGAAUGGUGAGCAUGAUACUCCCCUGAAAAGGUACAUAAUCAAAGUGAGGCUGCCGCAGAGCAUACGCCACCUCUACAGCGUAGUGAAGGACCAGCUGUACAGCAGCAAAAUGGAAGAGGCAUACAAAAUCGUAGAGCAUUUUAAAAAUAGCAAAGUGCUAAUUUUAGUUAAAAACGGAUGCUCCCUACUAAGCAUAAAGAGGUACCUAUCCGAAAGGAACAUUUUUUCUGUGCUGCUACAUGAAGAAUUGCAAAUAUCGCUCACGGGAAAUAACGACCACCUGCACAGCAUGUGCGAGCAGUAUGCACAUAUAAAAGAUUUAAAGGAGACAGUACUACAAAAUGAGGAAGAGGCAAAGAAAAAAUAUGUAAAUAAAUACCCCAUCAUUAUAAGCUCCUUUGACAGCAUUCGAGGUUUUCACAUUAAUAACUUAGAACUCGUUUUGUUGUGCAGUAGGCCGAAAAAUGUAAAUGAGUAUAUCCACCUGAGCGGUAGGGUUGGAAGGAGGAACAACGUCGGUUACUCCAUUCUGUUGGAAGACGAAAGGAACGUCAAUAUUGUAGCAAAUUGGUUGACGAACAUACAGGUGCGUUUUUUCAAAUUGGCACUAAAGGGGGGUUCCUCCACCGACGCGGCGAGCACUGGUCACUCGGAACAAGUUGAGAAGAGUGAGCAGAAUGGGCCAACGCCCCCCACAGAUCGCGGAAGGGACAGCUUAAACUACAUCACAUCGUGCAUAAUGGACGAGCUGAAUGGGGGCAUUCCGUGA